ACGGUUACGUCACGAUUGCCGGCAGUAGUGAAACAACGGUGGUGUGGAGGUUGAUUGGAGGUGGGUUGUAGUACCAGAGCGGCGAACAAACUAACGGAAUAAUCCGAGGCAGCGGAACGGACGACUGAGGUGAGGACGGCAGAGUUGAAAGAUGGAAAAUGAAAGUGGACCAAAGUUAAGAAACCGACCCGCUCACACAAGGUCUUCGGGUUCAGAGAAAGAUGACAGUUUAAAUGGUGAAGAAAGAGGUGGGUCUUUACGACUCGCAAGUAACGGGAAGGUGGAUGUAGAAUGGCUAAUAUCCAGAAAAAUGCAACUGAAGAGAAAGGCAGAGCUUUUGAAGUCUGAUUUGAUGCGCCAGGUAGACGGACAUUUCUCGGAGUUUGUCGACACCCUGAUUGAGGAAUCUACCCUUCUGGAGAGCCCAUCAAUAAACUCCUUAUUUCCAGAACCUUUGCAGGACAAAGAUUCAAAACAGUACAAACAGUUGCAAGCAUCAGUGGCACGUGGCAAAGUCUUCACCUCGCGGAGGUCCCUUCUUGACGAGUUGUUUGAAGUGAAUCACAUUCGCACCAUCUAUCACAUGUUUAUAGCUCUACUCAUUCUCUUUAUCAUCAGCACACUCAUGGUCGACUUCAUUGAUGAAGGAAGGCUCGUUUUAGAAUUUGAUCUACUGGUGUACACAUUUGGGAAAUUCCCGAUUGUCCUCUCUACCUGGCUUGUUAUGUUCUUCUCCACCUUGGUUGUACCCUACAUGCUGCUUCUCCAGUGGGCGCGACAUCACCACACGUCCAAACACCGAACAUUGUGCACCUUCGUCUUUGGCAUAGCAUUUCUGUUGUUCCAGGUGUUUAUCUUAGGCUGCGGGCCAGUCUACGUAGUUCUACACCACGACCUACCACCAGCAUCCAGGUUCAUUAUAAUUAUGGAGCAGGUUCGACUGAUCAUGAAAGCCCAUUCCUUUGUACGAGAAAAUUCUUCUCGUGUGAUCUUGGCUUCUAAAGAGAGUAGUGUCAGCCCACCUGUUCCACAGUUGUCGCAGUAUCUUUAUUUUCUGUUCGUUCCCACACUUGUUUAUCGAGACACCUACCCCAGGAGUCCUGAAAUCAGAUGGAGUUACGUUGCUACGAAAUUUGGUCAGGUACUUGGUUGUCUAUUCUAUGUAUACUACAUAUUUGUUCGGCUUUGUAUACCUUUUUUCCGGAACAUGAGCCAGGAGCAGUUCAGUGCACGGGUGCUUGUUCUCUGCAUCUUCAAUUCAAUUUUACCAGGUGUUCUUAUACAGUUCCUUGCUUUCUUUGCAUUCCUUCAUUGCUGGCUGAAUGCUUUUGCUGAAAUGCUGCGGUUUGCAGACAGGAUGUUUUACAAGGAUUGGUGGAAUUCGACAUCGUUUGCCAAUUACUACAGAACGUGGAAUGUGGUGGUCCAUGACUGGCUCUACUCUUAUGUGUACAGAGACUUUCUUUGCGUGUCUGGAAAUCGGUUCCGUGCUGCAGCCAUGCUGUCUGUGUUCACAGUCUCUGCUGUAGUUCAUGAGUACGUCUUGGCAGUGUGCUUUGGAUUUUUCUAUCCCGUUCUCUUCUGCCUUUUCAUGUGCUUUGGAAUGGUGUUUAACUUCAUUCUUCAUGACCGUCGCAAAGGGCCAAUCUGGAAUGUCAUCAUGUGGACUUCAUUGUUCUUAGGGCAGGGAGUCUUGCUUUGCCUGUAUUCACAGGAAUGGUACGCUCAGCGGUACUGCCCAAUCGAAAAUCCUUCCUUACUCGACUUGGUGAAACCACGCUCUUGGACUUGUCGUGUCAGUAGCUAGGAGAACAGACUGGUGGAUUUUGUGCUUGGAAACUGAAGAAACAUACUGUGCAGCCAUACUGGGAUCACUUUAACCUCUUCUACUUAACCAAAUAAAAAAAGUUUAUUUUGUACCUACUGUCCAAACCAGACAGGCCCUGGUUUUCAACUGCUGUAAACUGUUACACUGUAGUGUUGAACCAUCUGUAGGCUUCCAGGAUCGAACACAAGUUUUAAUGGUUUCUGUCAGUGUUCUAAGUGACCUGUAGUAAGUUUUUUUUUUUUUUAUGAAUUUGUAGUGAGUUUGACCCCCCCUCCAGCACUGUAGAUGACGUUUUCAGAAUUCUUGAGGUUAUAUAGGUAUAUAUUUUUCAUUGAGUUCUUUAAUGCUGUUAAAUGAAUGUAAGCGGGAAUACUUUUAAAAAUACUUGUUUGACAUACUUACAUUUGGUUCGCUUUAUGAUUUUCCACUCACUUUGCUUCCCUGUUGCCCCCCCCCCAGAAAAGUAACGGUCCAUGCUUUACAUACACAUUGCAGGUUCCAGUAGUCCCAGUCAUGCCAGAUUCUUGUUUUUAUUUUUCUUUUUGGAGAUUCACACCAUGUCCAACUAUCUGCUGAUGCCAGAAACAGGUCAGUAAAAUUUCAUGCUGAUUGGCACCUGGCCAGCUGUGCUGUUGUCAGUCUAUUAACCCAUGAUUUGCUGCUGCUUUUUGAAAGGAGCUUGAUAAAAGUCUAUGAAAGGUCUCCCUUCCCACACAUACUCAUACCGGAAUCCUUUUUUUUUUUUUUUUUUUUUUUAACUUUAGUAAAAGGAUAAGUGUGGUUCUCUCCUGCUGACCUCUUCUUUUGUAUUUAAAGAAGAUUUAAUGUUUUAUAUAAUAAAACACUUCCAAAAACAAAUUCAUUUUUUCUCAUAAUUGGGGAUGAUGUGAAAAAUGCUGUUAAACGUAGUGACAUGACCAGUGACCUGUACAGAGCAAGACCCUGGAAUACUUUAUAAAUUCAGAAUGCUGCGAAUUCGGUCUUAAACCACUUCUGAUUUUUUUUCAUUACUAAGAUGUUAGUAUCACUGCAUGUCUUUUGGAAGUGGUGGGGGUAUAUAAAUUGAGAAGCUGGGGAGAUUGGCACAACUGGAAAAGCUUCAGCUCAUAUGACAGAAGUACCCUAGUUGCUUACUUGAUACUGGCCGCUACACAUAUCCCUUCAUGUUGGCGGAGAGGCGAUAUUCUAGGAAUGGAC